CGUCCCCUCACCUGCCCAGCGUGUUGCAGAAGCCGUGUCCCCUGAGCCCUUUCCCCUUGGCGGAGCAGUGGUGGUUGGGGGCAGCCAACCAAACCAGACAGGCGGGCGCCCGGCGGGUCCGUGUCUUCCAAGGGAAAGGUCAAGAACAUACCAGGUGCGCUGCUGGACAUGUGCGGGAAGCCUUCCCUGGAGCUGAGGGCUCACACGGCCUCCUGGCUCGGCUCCUUCCUGUUGGGUCAGCAGGCGUUUGUGGUGGGGACUCCUGAGGGAGGGCCAGGGCCGAGGCCGGCAGGGAGGAGGGAGUCUCCCGCCCUUCCCUGGGCUCUGGCCCCUGCCCUGUUCCCCGGCCCAUGGAGGGGAGGGCACUGAAAUUCUUCCUCCUGUGCCCUUCUGACCUGCCAGGCGCAGCACGAUGGGAGGGGCAUUGGCAGCCGUGGCACCCUAGGCAGGAGAGGCAGCCGGGGGCAGGGGGCUGUGGAGGAGGAGAGACCCCUGGGUCCAAGUGGGCACCUUAUCAGCGGGUGCCAGGCAGGGCCAUCCCCAGGGUGGGGGCAGCAUCUCCCUGGGCCCUGUUAUCAGUCCCAGAGUCCACAGGACACUCCUCGGGUUAACGUGUAACCACACGUCAUCCCCUCCACCCCCAAAGCCACCGGUGCCCACAUUGCAGGCCACUUCGGGUGGGUCACACGUUGACAUGGACACCCGGGAAGAGGGGCUGCCUGGAAAACCUCGCUUUCCAGCUGAACAGCCGCAUGUGGGCAGGUGGCUGAGCCCGUUCUUCCUCACCUGUGCUGUCUACUUUCUCCUCUGGAGCCCUGAGAACCAGCCGUCCUGGGUCGGCGCCCUGAUCAAGUGCCUGCCCAUCCUCUACCUGGUGGCGUUCCUGUGGACCGUGUACCCAGGCGGGGGCUACAGCUUGCUCCUGCAGGGGGCCCUUCUGUGCUCAGCUGUGGGGGACUCCUGCCUCGUCUGGCCUGAGGCCUUCCUCCAUGGCAUGGCUGCCUUCGCUGUGGCCCACCUGCUCUACCUCUGGGCCUUUGGCCUCACUCCCCUGAAGCCUAGCCUCCUGCUGCCUAUUCUCCUGGCUUUCAUCCCAUAUUAUGGCCUCCUGCUUUGGUACCUCCCGCCUGACAUGGUCCUGCCCCUGACAGCUUACUCCCUGGUCCUGGCCGCUAUGCUGUGGCGUGCCUUGGCCAGGGGCGGGAGUCCCAGCUGGGGCGCCCUGCUCUUCACGCUUUCAGAUGCCGUGCUGGCCUGGGACAUCUUCGUCCAUCCCCUGCCCCAUGCCCGCCUGGUGGUCAUGACCACCUAUUAUGCUGCCCAGAUCCUCAUCGCCCUGUCGGCCUUCCAGAGCCCCAGGCUCAAGUCCAACUGACUAGGGCUGAGGCAGGCAGAUGUCCACCCCCUCCUCCAUCAAGGACCUGGGCCCCCAAGACCAAUGAGGCCAGAGGAACACCCUUGGGGGUGAGAGCCAGUCCCCCAGACUCCCAUCUGCCAGUGCCAGUCGAUCUGGAGACACACAACUGUUUCUGGAAUUCCGAAUCCACCGCCAAGUUCCCACUGCCUUCCCCUGGUUCUGAUUCCAGAUUCCAGGCCCCUCAACCAGACCCACGUUGGGCCCUCCCCGGCCCCCUGCCUGCUUCUGUAAACCCACAUGGUCUCCGUGUGUGCCUGCCCCUUCCCUCUGGCCCUGAUCGGUUUUUCUGUUGCCUAAGUAA